AUGACGUGUUUGCGUUUAGCGCUUCAUAUUGCAGCAGCGGAGAGGCAGCCAGAGAUCAUGGGGAUAUUCAUGGGAACGCUGGAGAAGUACUCAGAAGAGAAACUGUUCGGGAAGAGGCUGCUGCAGGCCGGGAGGCACAUCAUGUCUCACAAGUCUUGGAUGAAGACGGUGCCCACGGAGAACUGCGACGUGCUCAUGACGUUUGCAGACAGCAUCGAUGACCACACGCUGCUCUGGCUGCUUAACCACCUUCGCCUGGGAAUCCCAGAACUCAUCAUCCAGAUCCGCCACCACAAGCAUACGCACGUCUACGCAUUCUUCAUCACCGCCACCUACGAGAAAGCAUUAGGACAGAACGGACAAGGAAAUUGGUUUGUCAAAAAUUUUCAUCCUCUGUGUUCGCCCGAUGCGGAGAGUCGUACCCUCUGCCACACCUGCGCCUGCCACACCUGCACCUGCCACACCUGCCACACCUGCACCUGCCACACCUGCAUCUGCCACACCUGCGCCUGCCACACCUGCAUCUUCCACACCUGCAUGCCACACCUGCAUCUGCCACACCUGCGCCUCCCACACCUGCGCCUGCCACACCUGCGUCUGCCACACCUGCGUCUGCCACACCUGCGUCUGCCACACCUGCACCUGCCACACCUGCACCUGCCACACCUGCACCUGCCACACCUGCACCUGCCACACCUGCAUCUGCCACACCUGCACCUGCCACACCUGCACCUGCCACACCUGCACCUGCCACACCUACACGCCACACCUGCACGCCCACACCUGCAUCUGCCACACCUGCACCUGCCACACCUGCACCUGCCACACCUGCACCUGCCACACCUGCACCUGCCACACCUGCAUCUGCCACACCUGCAUCUGCCACACCUGCCACACCUGCACCUGCCACACCUGCGCCUGCCACACCUGAGUCUGCCACACCUGCGUCUGCCACACCUGCACCUGCCACACCUGCACCUGCCACACCUGCACCUGCCACACCUGCACCUGCCACACCUGCAUCUGCCACACCUGCAUCUGCCACACCUGCAUCUGCCACACCUGCGUCUGCCACACCUGCACCUGCCACACCUGCGUCUGCCACACCUGCGUCUGCCACACCUGCAUCUGCCACACCUGCACCUGCCACACCUGCACCUGCCACACCUGCACCUGCCACACCUGCACCUGCCACACCUGCAGAAGGACGUUAACGAGGCCGUGGACUGUGUUACAGAUUAUUCUCAGUUCUGUACAGAUUUCACAGAUUUCACAGAUUUUGCCAAAAAGAACAGUCGGCUGUUUUCUAUCUUGUUGCGGGGGGCAGAGGAGGUGGGCCUGAGGAAGUGUGUGAAGCCGGAGUUUGGAGGAGGAAGCCGGAGCUUUUCGUGUGAGGAAGACUACAUCUACGAGAACAUCGAGAGUGAGCUGUGCUUUUUCACCUCACAGGAGAGACAGAACAUCAUCAAGUUCUGGCUGGACAAUUUACGUGCCAAAAAUGGAGAAGCCCUUCACAAUAUCAGCUUCCUGGAGGGACAGCCCAUCACGUACAAACACGUCUACAAACACGUCUACGAACACGUCUACAAACACGUCUACAAACACGUCUACGAACACGUCUACGAACACGUCUACGAACACGUCUACGAACACGUCUACAAACACGUCUACAAACACAUCUACGAACACGUCUACGAACACGUCUACAAACACGUCUACGAACAUGUCUACGAACACGUCUACGAACACGUCUACAAACAUAUUUACAAACAUAUUUACAAACACGUCUACAAACACGUCUACACACACGUCUACAAACACGUCUACGAACACGUCUACAAACACGUCUACAAACACUUCUACAAACACGUCUACAAACACGUCUACGAACACGUCUACAAACACGUCUACGAACACGUCUACAAACGCGUCUACACACACGUCUACACACACGUCUACACACACGUCUACGAACACGUCUACGAACACGUCUACGAACACGUCUACAAACACGUCUACGAACACGUCUACGAACACGUCUACGAACACGUCUACAAACACGUCUACAAACACGUCUACGAACACGUCUACAAACACCUCUACAAACACCUCUACAAACACGUCUACACACAAGUCUACACACACGUCUACGAACACGUCUACAAACACCUCUACACACACGUCUACAAACACGUCUACGAACACGUCUACAAACACGUCUACGAACACGUCUACAAACACGUCUACAAACACGUCUACACACACGUCUACACACACGUCUACACACACGUCUACACACACGUCUACAAACACGAACACGUCUACAAACACGUCUACAAACACGUCUACAAACACGUCUACAAACACGUCUACAAACACCUCUACAAACACGUCUACGAACACGUCUCACUGGGAUCUACCGUCAUCCCAGAGCUGAGUGCCAGAGGAGUGAUCCAGCAGCUCUUCCCCCUCCACGAGCAGAGGAUCCUGGGUCAGCUCAUGAAAUCCUGGGUGCAGGCCGUGAGUGAGAAGCAGCCCCUUGAUGACAUCUGUGACUACUUUGGUGUAAAGAUCGCCAUGUACUUCGCCUGGCUGGGCUUCUAUACUACGUCCAUGUUGUACCCUGCGGUCAUCGGCUUUGUGCUGUGGAUGCUCACCGAGUCAGACCAGACAAGCCGAGACAUCUGCUGUGUGGUGUUUGCGCUCUUUAACGUGGUGUGGGCGACACUCUUUUUGGAGCGGUGGAAGAGAAGGGGGGCGGAGCUGGCCUACAAGUGGGGGACUCUGGACUCGCCUCCUGGGUCGCUGGAGGAGCCGAGGCCACAGUUCAGGGGCGUGAAGCGCUGCAGCCCUGUGACCGGCUGUGAGGAGCUGUACUACCCGGCGUGGAGGCGGCACCUGUUCCACUGGCUGGUGUCGCUGCCCGUCUGCCUGCUCUGCCUCUGCUUUGUCUUCCUGGUGAUGCUCAUCUGCUUCGAGCUGCAGGAGUUUGUGAUGGGGAUCAAAGAAAUGCCUCGGCUGGCACGCUUCAUCCCCAAAAUCAUGCUGGCUAUCACUGUGACUGCGUGUGACGAGGUGUACCGUAAAAUAGCCUGCUGGCUGAACGACAUGGAAAACUAUCGACUCCAGAGUGCCUAUGAGAAAAAUCUCAUCAUCAAAAUUGUUUUUUUUCAGUUUGUGAAUUCUUAUCUCAGCCUUUUUUACAUCGGAUUCUACCUCAAAGACAUGGAGCGUCUCAAAGAGAUGCUGGCCACUCUGCUCAUCAUGAGGCAGUUCCUUCAGAACGUGAAGGAGGUGUUGCAGCCUUACCUGUCCGAGCGCCACCGUCUGGGGGAUCUGAACCUACGCUCUGUGUGGGACCUGCUCCUCACACUCCUGUCAAAGUACGGCCGCCUCGCAGUGGGAAGGACCCAGCUCAGCACCACAGACCCCCAUGCACCGGCCCCCCGAGUGAGCAGAGCGAGCCAGCCUGACCGCAGGGAGAAGAAGUGUCUGAACGGAGGCUGUGGCGUCCCGGAGGAGGAGGACGGAGCAGAGAAGGACGAGGCCGACAGUGGGCGCUUCAGUGAGGGCGAGACGGAGGACGACAGCCUCAUGGACUGUGGCCUGAAGCUGCGCAAAGUCAGCUUCAUGGAGAAGGCGGAGCGCAGACCCCCCGGCUGCCCCCGGUCCAUGGAGCACAGUUUCCUGGAGGAGGGGAGUCCCACCAUGGUAGAGCAGGGCCUGGACGGAGCCUCUAUGUUUGACCUGUGCGACGACGAGGACGACAACGGCAUCCACGACGUGAAGGACACCAGCUCCUGUGAGACCUCGGCCCCCCAGAACCCCCCCGAUCCCAUCACUAUGGCUCAUAGGCAGAGACGCAGCCCACGGCCCCAGGACAGCGGCCCCGGAGAGUCCCGCAGCCAGCCGCGGUCAUGGAUGGAGCCUCCAGAGGACAAGGGCACUUGUGCGCUCACUCAGGCUGAGAUGGAGAGCUGCAUGCAGACACACGGGGACACGUUCCAGGACAUGCAGGAGAUGUUCGUGCAGUUCGGCUACGUGGUUCUCUUUUCGUCUGCUUUCCCUCUGGCUGCCAUGUGCGCGCUCAUCAACAACAUCAUCGAGAUCCGCGGAGAUGCCUUCAAACUGUGCACAGGGCUGCAGAGGCCCUUUGGUGUGCGAGUGGAAAGCAUCGGCCAGUGGCAGACGGCGAUGGAAGUGAUGGGUCUGGUGGCCAUCAUGGUGAACUGUUACCUGAUCGGUCAGUGUGGUCAGCUGCAGCGGCUCUUCCCCUGGCUCAGCCCUGAAAUGGCCAUCAUCUCCAUCGUCAUCCUCGAGCACUUUGCCUUCCUUCUGAAGUACGUCCUCCAUGUCACCAUCCCGGACGUCCCAGCGUGGGUCAAGGAGGAGAUGGCCAAACUGGACUUUCAGCGCAGAGAGGCUUUCAAGAAGCAUGAGCGGCAGGCGCAGCAGCACUACCAGCAGCUGCAGCGGAGGAAGCGGGAGGAGGAGGACCGCCAACGCCAAGCCGAGCACCAGACACGCACCAGGGAGAGGGAGCGCGACGAGCCCAAACCUGAGGCCUCCAACGCCGGGGAGCACCACCACGACAAGAACCACAGCAGCAGCAAGUCCAGGCCCGGCUCCGCUGGCAGCACCACCGACCCAAAACCCAAGAGACCCAGCUCACUUCUGGCCAACAACAACGUGAUGAAGCUCAAACAGAUCAUGCCGUUACAGAACCGGGGGGCGCGCUCUCCACAGUCGCCCACGGGAAGCGAACCCAAACUGCCUGGAUUUCUCAGCUUCAAGUUUUUAAAAUCUCCAGAGAAUAAAAAGGAAAGUGUGAGCGGAGUGUCUGCGAGUGCUCUCGGUACAAACACGUCUUCUUCUUCUUCUUCAUCAGCAGCAGCAGCAGCAGCGGCAGCAGCAGCAGCAGCAGCAAGUAGCAGUGCAGUGACGGAGCGCUCUCAAUCACCCAGCAAGGCCUUCAACCCAGGGAAGCUCUUCCACUUCGGCAAGUCGGACGGAGCGUGUGUGAACGGAGGCUCCAGGGCCGAUCUGAAUGGAAUCCCAGAGGAGAUCCCCUCACCCAGGUCCAAUGGGACGGAGAACGGCCACUCUGCAGAGCUGUAG